AUGACGAUCAGAAUGAGAACGUUAGAAAAAGAAAUAGACGAGGAUAUAAAUAUGAGGAUAAAAAGAAAACAAGAUGGAAUUCGUUUGGCGGAUCUUCUCACGCGCCUUAACAGCGAGACGAGUUCUUCCUCGUCGUUGGCGUCCGAGGCAAGAGCAGCGAUUUCUCUUCUUAAUCGCGACUAUAAAUAUUUGAAUACACCAAGAUCAGAAGUAACAGUUUUUAUUAGAGGAUUUGGACAAUCCAAUAUACUUCUAUCAAAAUCAAUGAAAGUUGCAAUACUUGGUGCUAACAAUGAGACAGGAAGAUUUUUGUCCCUGCUACUCAAACGAUCCUCCCUGAUCGACGAGAUCUCGCUAUACGAUAAGGAAACGACCGAGUAUCUCGCAUCUGAGCUCAAUCACGUUGACACGAGAUGCAAAGUCACGACGUAUCCACACAACGAGGAAUGCCUGACGCGAACGCUGCAGGAUGCAAAAGUAGUCGUAGCUUUAGCUGGAAAAAAUCUUCAAGGCGAAUCGACACCAACGGAAUUACUCGAGUCAAACGCCGAGAUCUUGUCGGAUUUACUACCGAACGUCAUUAGAAGCUGUCCUCGGGCAAUGUUAGCAAUUGCGAUGUACCCGGUUAACAGUUUAGUACCCGUGGCAGUAGAAAUGUAUAAAAAAGCUGGAAUCUAUGAAUGUAAACGUCUUUUUGGAGUGACCACUCUCGAUUGUGUAAGAGCAAAUAGUUUAGCAGCAGAAAUGACGGGUAUAGCACCGGAAUGUGUCGUGGUACCGGUUAUUGGAGGAUGCUGUCCGUGUACUCGCAUCCCUCUCUUCUCUCAAAUGACACCACGCGUCAAUUUAUCAAUGCAAGAGAUGAAGAAUCUAACCAAUUCCGUGAGAAAAGCUGACGAAGACGUUUUAAAAGCCAAUUGUGGACGUAACGUUUCGAUUUAUGCGUCGGCAUUUGCAAUUGGUAGAUUUUGCAUUUCGCUUUGCAAAUCGGUACGACAACAAAGAGGAGUAAUAGAAUGUGCUUACGUUCGUUCUUGCGUGAUACCAGAAGUUACGUACUUUGCUUCACAACUCGAAUUAGGUCCAGACGGUAUUCAGAAGUAUCUUGGCAUCCCACCUCUUAACAACGACGAAUGUAAACUCUUGCUCGAAGCUAUACCUGUUUUAAGAGAAGCUAUUAAUCAAGGCGAGACUUUAGCUCUUGGAUCUAAAUCGAUAUCUUCGGAAAAGUGUCCCGUUUAUCCUGACACACGCGGUAACUGUAGCAAUCUCAUUUGCGAUAUCUAUUCGAAUUGCGGUUGGAAAUGUCAUGAAAGGAACGGUCCGUUUGGAAAUCGAUUCGAGCAACGUAGUUACGUGAAGAGAUUGGUUGAUGACGCUAGAUGGGUACCGUAA